AUGUCGGCUUUAGUGUCGCACACGACAUUUUGGCGAGCCAGCCAGGAGGAUCGGCCCGUGUCUGAGGCGGCGGACUGGGGGAGAGACGGCGAAGCUCAGGGGCCCCAAUCCACCAUUAAGGUGAAAGAGGCCAACGGUACAGGGGAGAACAGAAUACCACUGGAUGUGAGAAACAUCCAAGUAGGAGACCAGGUGCUCAUACGCGUGUUCAAAAGGCAGUGGAAUCAGCCUCGCAGAGAGGGGCCGUUCAAGGUUGUGUUAACCACACCCACUGCUUUAAAAGUAGAAGGUAAGGACUUCUGGUACCACCUUAAUCACUGCACGCGUCACCGACCACCUAACCCGCCGGGGAACCUACCAGCCCCAGUGCAUGCUGAAGGGGAUGCGGACAGCACCCCACGAAGUAGAAUACCAGCUUUACUUCCUUCUAACGGGGAAAGACGAUCAGAAAGAUUAAAAGCAAGAAGACAAGUCACGCAAACCUCACAAAGGGAAAUACCAGACCACGCACAUAGUAACACUGACUUUAAUAAUGCAACAUCCACAGUUACAAGUCCUGGAACAGCAGGUGAAGGGUUCUCAGUCGAAGAUGCUGCUUCCCUUGCUCCUGACCACUCUGACGUACCUCUACACACACCAGCAUGGGAAGGAGACGUGUCGGAGGAGCCUGAAUAGCCCCCGCCGCCUUUCUCUCUCUUCUCUCUCUGUUCUUCUUGUGCUAACCCUUUUAGGCUUAGCAAGGGGGGAGCUACUACUGCUACAUGACACUGCGUCUGAGCUAACUAGUACUGAAAAAGGCCAACACCCACUAGCUGGUUGUGCGCUGGCCAUGAUUACACUAGCUGUUCAUAAAGGCAUAAUAGAACCACGGAGCAACCGCCACUACACAUAUGUAAAGUCUAAUGCAUAUGAGUUCACACUGACCACUAGUUUGUCAGAAACGUAUUGGCUGGGAAAUCCACGCACUGAUGACUGCCGAGGAGAAGGGAUGAUGACCAUACAGGUAACAUGCACGAAAACGAUAUGUCAGGAAGCUGAUGCAGGAGAGCCCAUGACAGUGUUAGAAGCUAAUCAAUUAUUCCACUUAAUACAUGGGAGAGAGAAACGUGAUGUAGAAAAAUUAAAAACGUCCAAAUGGGACACUAAUCUAUUUCAACAGUGGCUAAAAUAUUCGGCUGAAGCAAUGUUCAAUGCAAAAGGAGGAAAAAAGCAAGACUGUAUUGCUUGCUAUAAUGCCAAAAAGAUACCCCAAAUUAAACCACUGCCAGGAAGUGAAAUAGGAAGCUGUCCUGAUUUGUCAGUAUGUUUCGCACACUGUGCAUUACACAUGGCAGGAGAUUUGCAGCAAUGGAGCGAUGUACUAACAGUUUGCCCAUCUAGAUAUACUCGAAAGCAUAGAGAGUUUGACAUAGCAACCAUAAUACCUCCAAUUGUAAGAAAACCUGAUUCCAUGACCUUUCCU